GCCCCGCGGCCGCUCAUGGGCAGCCAAGGCCUCUCGGGGGACCCCGAGAACGGCGGGUCCGGCGAGGGCGACAGCGGGGAGGCGAGGAAACUGCAGGAAGGGAGGACAGCGAGGGGGAAGCGCAGGAAGGGGAAGGGGAAGGGAAAGGGAAAAGCGGGCGCGGGGCAAGGCGGAAGAGGAAGCGGGGCCGGAGGGAAAGCGGGGCCGCAGCCGGCAGCGGGGCUGGGGGCCGAGGCGGGGGCGAGGGCAGGCCCGCGGGAGGAGGGAGAGGGAGGCGGAAGCGUGGAGGAAGGGGCGAGAAGGACCGCAGCGGCUGAGGGGGCCGUACUGGCCGGGAAGGAGGCCAGAGGAAGAGAGGAUGGGAAGGAGGGGGAGUGGAGGGUCAGGGCUGGGCGGCGGGAGGACGCACGGCCGCAGAGAGCACAGGGACGCGAGGGUCAGGCUUGGCGCCGCGUCGCGGGGGCAGCGGCGGCCGAGGAGGAGGCUGCGGCUCGGGAGCCUGCCGGCCGCCCCGCUGCGGGGCCCGCGCUCUGGCGCCUGCCGGAGGAGCUGCUGCUGCUCAUCUGCUCCUACCUGGACAUGCGGGCCCUCGGCCGCCUGGCUCAGGUGUGCCGCUGGCUGCGGCGCUUCACCAGCUGCGACCUGCUCUGGCGCCGGAUAGCCCGGGCCUCGCUCAACUCCGGCUUCACGCGGCUCGGCACCGACCUGAUGGCCAGUGUCCCAGUGAAGGAGCGGGUGAAGGUGUCUCAGAAUUGGAAGUUGGGGCGCUGCAGAGAGGGGAUUCUGCUGAAGUGGAGAUGCAGUCAGAUGCCCUGGAUGCAGCUAGAGGGUGAUUCUCUGUACGUAUCCCAGGCUAAUUUCAUCCUGGCCUAUCAGUUCCGCCCAGAUGGUGCCAGCUUGAACCGUCGCCCCCUGGGAGUCUUUGCUGGGCAUGAUGAGGACGUUUGCCACUUUGUUCUGGCCAACUCGCAUAUCAUCAGCGCAGGAGGAGAUGGGAAGAUUGGCGUUCAUAAGAUUCAUAGCACCUUCAGUGUCAAGUACUCGGCUCAUGAACAGGAGGUGAACUGUGUGGAUUGCAAAGGGGGCAUCAUUGUGAGUGGCUCCAGGGACAGGACUGCCAAGGUAUGGCCUUUGGCCACAGGCCGACUGGGGCAGUGCUUACACACCAUCCAGACUGAAGACCGAGUCUGGUCCAUUGCUAUCAGCCCAUUACUCAGCUCCUUUGUGACAGGGACGGCUUGUUGUGGGCACUUCUCACCCCUAAGAAUCUGGGACCUCAACAGUGGGCAGCUGAUGACACACCUGGGCAGUGACUUCCCCCCAGGGGCUGGGGUGCUGGAUGUCAUGUAUGAGACCCCUUCCACACUCCUAUCCUGUGGCUAUGACACCUACGUUCGCUACUGGGACCUCCGCACCAGUGUCCGGAAGUGUGUCAUGGAGUGGGAGGAGCCCCACGACAGCACCCUGUACUGCCUGCAGACAGACGGCAACCACCUGCUGGCCACUGGUUCCUCCUAUUACGGUGUAGUACGACUGUGGGACCGGCGCCAAAGGGCCUGCCUACACGCCUUUCCACUCACGUCAGCGCCCCUCAGCAGCCCUGUGUACUGCCUGCGCUUCACCACCAAACAUCUCUAUGCUGCGCUGUCUUACAACCUCCAUGUCCUGGACUUUCAAAACCCAUGACACGGCCACCUCAGCCUGAGGGCCAGGGAAGCCAGCUACUCAGGGACCUCUCCUGUGGAGGGUGCAGUUACGCCUCCUCUUGUGCUGGGCCUGUGCUCCUAGACCUGUGCCCACAGUGCUCGGCACCGCCCAAGGUGCAGUCCCUCCUAGGAACCAUUUGGAGAGAAGGGACUUGCUGCUUUGGAGAGGGUGAGGGAACCAGGCCUGGAAACGCCCACCUGCACCUUCCCAGAGCUAUGACUGCUCAGAGUGAGGCGCUUCAGACUUUUCAGUUAGUCUUUUGGUCCCUUCCCUGGAAGGAAGGGUGAGGCUGCCAGUAUCCCUGCUGGCACUGGCCCCCACCUCCUCAGUCAUUCCCUGGGGGAUUCCAAGACCAAGCUCUGGGGGGCUGGAGACUCACUCUUGGGGCACUGUGGCCUGAUCUCACUUUGUAACCAAGAAAGGACAAGGGGAACUCAGCACGACCUCAGGCCAGCUGUUGAGACAUGCUACAAUAUUCAUUUUUGUAAAAAUAAAGUGUGACUGUUCACA